GGAGGGAGGGAGGGAGAGAGGGCGGCCGCCCUCCGCGCCCGGGCGGAGCCGCCUUUCCCUUUCCCUGGCCGCCGAGCCCCGGGCGCGCUGUGCUGCGGGGGCGGGCGAUGGCCGCGCCGGGCAGCGGCGGGCGCUGCGCCGGGAACCGGAGGAGCGCCUCAGCUUCCUAGAAGUCGAGGAGCCCAGAAAUAGUUGCUGGGGUGAAGGCGAGAGAAGCUUGGUUUCGUUCCCGAGGUCCUCGCGGCGCGGUGAAGCCGGUGGCUGCGCCGAUAACAUGAUGGAAUUCAGAUUUUCUCAAGAAAAACUGCGGAUCUUGGACCAGUACUGUUGACGAGACCUCCUGAUUGCAACACCCAGAGCAGGGUCCUGUAACGAAUUUGUCACAAGAAACAUACAAUGGAUCUCAAAGAGAGCUGUCCAAGCGUUAGCAUUCCCAGCUCUGAUGAACACAGAGAGAAGAAAAAGAGAUUUACUGUUUACAAGGUGUUGGUCUCUGUUGGCAGAAAUGAGUGGUUUGUCUUUCGACGGUAUGCAGAGUUUGAUAAACUCUACAAUACGCUAAAGAAGCAAUUUCCCACCAUGAACCUGAAGAUUCCAGCUAAAAGAAUAUUUGGAGAUAAUUUUGAUCCUGAUUUUAUUAAACAGAGAAGAGCAGGACUGAAUGAAUUCAUUCAAAAUUUAGUUAGACAGCCAGAGCUAUGCAACCACCCAGAUGUCAGAGCAUUUCUUCAGAUGGAUAACCCAAAACACCAGUCAGAUCCAUCUGAAGAUGAAGAUGAAAGGAGCAGUCGGAAGUUAAACUCUACCUCACAGAAUAUCAACUUGGGACCAUCUGGAAAUCCUCAUGCUAAACCAACAGACUUUGAUUUCCUGAAAGUUAUUGGGAAAGGCAGCUUUGGCAAGGUUCUUCUUGCAAAACGAAAACUGGAUGGGAAAUACUAUGCUGUCAAAGUGUUGCAGAAAAAAAUUGUUCUCAAUAGGAAAGAGCAAAAACAUAUUAUGGCUGAACGUAAUGUGCUUUUGAAAAAUGUGAAACAUCCAUUUUUGGUUGGACUACAUUACUCAUUCCAAACAACAGAAAAGCUUUACUUUGUCCUGGAUUUUGUUAAUGGAGGAGAGCUGUUCUUUCACUUACAAAGAGAACGUUCCUUUCCUGAGCACAGAGCCAGAUUUUAUGCUGCUGAAAUAGCCAGUGCACUGGGCUACUUACACUCCAUAAAUAUAGUAUACAGGGAUUUAAAACCAGAAAACAUUCUCCUAGAUUCACUAGGUCAUGUUGUCCUGACAGACUUUGGACUUUGUAAAGAAGGGAUUGCAACUUCUGAUACCACUGCAACUUUCUGUGGGACCCCAGAAUAUCUUGCACCAGAAGUCAUUAAAAAGCAGCCCUAUGACAACACAGUAGACUGGUGGUGCCUUGGUGCAGUUCUUUAUGAGAUGCUUUAUGGGUUGCCUCCUUUUUACUGCCGUGAUGUUGCUGAGAUGUACGAUAAUAUUCUUCAUAAGCCCCUGGUUUUGCGCCCAGGAAUCAGUCUUACAGCCUGGUCUAUCCUGGAAGAACUUUUGGAGAAAGAUCGGCAAAGCAGACUUGGAGCAAAGGAAGACUUUCUUGAAAUUCAAAAGCACCCGUUCUUUGAAUCUCUCAGCUGGACUGAUCUUCUUCAGAAGAAGAUUCCACCACCAUUUAAUCCUAAUGUGGUUGGACCGGACGAUAUUGGGAAUUUUGAUGCAGUAUUCACAGAAGAAAUGGUCCCAUACUCUGUUUGUGUUUCUUCUGACUACAACAUUGUUAAUGCCAGUGUCCUAGAGGCAGAUGAUGCAUUUGUUGGAUUUUCUUAUGCACCACCUUCUGAAGAUGGAUUUUCCUAGGAACUUAGAAGUGAAGAGUGUUUUGGAAGUCUUGGGUUGAACUGAAAUGUUAGGCUUAUGGACACAUUCCAAAAUAGCGUAAAUAGUGCCUCAUCUUGUAUAUAGGUUUGAAACCUAUGAACAAACUUUUUCUGCUGUACAGGAGGAAUUUGGGCAUUUUGGAUGGCUUUCUUUAGGAUUUGAACUGUUUGUUCCUGCUGCAGAAAGUAUUUUUUAAAACCUUUAAAAAGCAUUCUCUAUGUAUUUUUUAAGCAAAAAUACUGACUGUUCUCCUCAAUCCCUUUGAGUUUACAUUCAUACCUAUCUAAUUUGUUGGCAAAAACAGCAGCAAAUUUAGUAAAUUUAUAAAUGCUUUUGUACUUAUUUACAGUGAAUUUGUGCUUGAAUUGUAACUAUGCAAAAUGUCUUUUGUAUAUUCUGGUUUAAAAAAAGGUAAAUGUUUUCCCUGUUACCAGUUUGGAAUAUGUGUUAAUUUACCUGUCAGCACUUAAAUAAGUUAAGGACCAAGAUUCUUAAAGGACUUCUGCAGAAGGAAAACUUGAUCACAUAAAACUGGAUUGUUGCUCUUGUACUUGCUGAAGUACCCAUUGACUCAACUGGAUUAUCUGAGGUAUGGGGGAUUACUCAAAGCAAGAACAGAACAAAUUAACUGGAUUGAUUUGAUAACAUUACGUAUUACGUGUUCUACUUUUCUUUCUUCCCUGAGCUAAGUAUGUCUAUAUUUCAACUACAUUAAAAAUAUUUUUGGUUAAAGCUCUGCUUCUCCAAAGAUCUAAUAUGCAAUAAUCAUGGUUACUUUAAAAGUAAGUCAAUUAGCUUUGACAUUUUAGGGGUGGGUGGUGAGAUGAUCGUGCCAAAUAUUAGGGAUUUCUCUCACAUAUUGGUAGUUUAAAACACUUUUAUGUUCCAAAUUGAUUGUAUUUCAGUGUUCAUAGCUACUUGUCUUUGUGUUUCAGUUUGCACCAUUUUUAAAUCUUCACUUGAUAUUGGGGGAAAAAUGUAAAUUACACUGAUAAUAUUAAGAAUGUGAAAGCUAUUGUAUUUCUCAUAACAUACACAUGUAUGGACAAACAUAAUUCUGAACAAUUUCUGUUUAAGGAAAUUUUUUUAAACUGCAAAAAUUGACUGCAGUUACAGUGUAUAAAAGGCAUAUAAUGGUAGUAGUUUUAUUAUAUAUAUUACUUGUAAAUAACAACUUAUUUUUGUCUGUUACUCCAAAAAUGUUCAGUGUUUUUUAUGCAUAAAUAGAUGCAGUUAAAUGCCUUGAUUUGAGAGAAAUCUGCUAAGAUACUGAUACAUCAAAUAUGUAACAUUCAUUCAAUUUUAAGUAAAUUGAAUGAAUGUUACAUAAAUUUCAGUAUCUAAGGCACCUUUUAUUUUUGGCAAAAUAAGCAGCUAAAAUAAAUAGACUUUAUACUGUGUCAAGAUCUGAUAAGAAUUAAGAACCUAGGGGGAGAGAGUGUAUCAAAUCAUAAUUCUUUUACAAUAAAUGUAUCAAAACAUUAGAAGAGCUGAAAGUAAAACAGGAUUCCUUGCUUACCUUAAGGUUACCUCAAGGAAAUCAGGAGUAUGUCCUAGAGUAGUGUCCUACAUAGUGGUUAAGUGAUGCUUAGCAGCUGCUACAUGAGGUUUUGGAAAGAGUGAUUGGGUCAAAAGUAAGAAUUUACAUUGGCAGGGGAGGAAGGAACUGUAUCAUUUGUAGGAGCAGAAUGGUGGCAUGGCACUCAUUUUCCAUAGUUCUCUUCUGCAAGAGUUGAAAAAAGCUGUUCAGGACAACCAACAGCUACAUGAAUAGUUUCCUGGGCAUUAAUAUAAUGGGGAAGUAACAGCCCUGAGGUUUUUAGUUUGAGGGCGGAGGAUUGUUGGUUGUUUUGGUUUUUGAGUUUUUGUGUUGGUUUGGUUGAUUGGUUGGUUGGUUUUUUGUUUGGUUUUUUUUUGUGUUCUGGUUUUGUUUUUUUUUUAACAUGGCUUGCUAAUGGACUGGGAAAUAAAUUGGUGGUAUGAAAGGAAGUAUCCAUUCUCAUACUGAAUUUUUAGUCUGUGUGCUCCUGAAGUUAUUGUGUAAUUAUGUGGCUACUGUAACUAUCUUCUCUUUGAGGCAAGGAGGCACAGUGCUGUAGAGGGAUGGGAAGGAGAGGGAAUAUUUCAGAAAUUGUUGUGGGAACUAGCACUCUUUAAAUUUUUUGUCUUGAAUUCCAAGACAUUCAUACAUAGCUGCCUGACUGGAUGAGAGGUUUUUUGUGUCAGAAUUCAGGGGUUCUUUCCUUUAAAAAAACAGUGUGACAGUUGAAGUUAUUUCUGGGAGAGCAGCUUAAUAAUUGUUUAUUAAGCUUUUUCCUUCGGCAGAGUCUGCCUUUUUGGCAAAGUGUGAAUGUGUUCAGCACAUGACUUGAAGUACUCAAGUUCUUUAAGCUAAAGGUUAACAGACUGUACAUCAAGCAAUAAAGCAUCGUAGUAUUUCUGUACCCAGUA